CCGGGCGGCCGCGGACGCGUCGCACAUGGCGCAGGCGAGGAUCAGCGCGAGGGCCAACGAGGGCCGCUUCUGCCGCUCGUCGUCCAUGGCCGACCGCGCGGGCCGCCUGCUCGAGAGCCUGGACCGGCUGGAGCUCAGGGUUGAAGCUUUGAGAGAUGCAGCAACCGCUGUUGAGCAGGAGAAAGAAAUCCUCCUGGAAAUGAUCCACAAUAUCCAAAAUUGCCAGGACAUGAGGCAGAUCAGUGACGGAGAAAGAGAAGAAUUAAAUCUGACUGCAAAUCGAUUGAUGGGACGAACCCUCACCGUUGAAGUGUCAGUAGAAACGAUCAGGAACCCGCAACAGGAAGAAUCCCUAAAGCAUGCCACCAGGAUUAUUGAUGAGGUAGUCAAUAAAUUCCUGGAUGAUCUGGAAAAUGCCAAAAGUCAUUUAAUGUCUCUGUACAGCGCAUGUUCAUCUGAGGUGCCGCCGGGACCAGUAGAUCAGAAGUUCCAGUCCAUCGUAAUUGGCUGCGCUCUUGAAGAUCAGAAGAAAAUCAAGAGAAGAUUAGAGACUCUACUUAGAAAUAUCGAAAACUCCGACAAGGCCAUCAAGCUGUUGGAGCAUACUAAAGGAGCUGGUUCCAAAAAUCUGCAGCAAACUAACGAAAACAAAUUUAAUUAGAGCACUUGCGAAUAAUGACACAAAAAAUUCUAAAAUACGAGGCUGGGAAGUGGCUCCGCAGUAAAGCACAUGCCUUGCAUGCCUGAAGCCUGGGCUUAAUCCCCAGAACCACACAAGAAAACACAUAAAAAUAUUAAAUAAAUGGAUACUACUUUACGUGAUAACUACUUUAUUAGGCAUAACCACUCAUUUUAUACUGAGAGCUGUUUCCGAUGUGGAAAAAAAAUUUCAGCUGUCAGUUUUGUGAAUAAUAAAAUUAGAAUGAUUUUAAUUAUC